UUAGUUACUUGGAGACAGGACGCGUUUCAGUCUUGUUUUCUUUGUGUGUGUGUGUGUGUGUGUGUGUGUGUGUGUGUGUGUUUAGCAUUAAAAACACCCAGAGAAAGGCACGUGUGAUUUCCAGAACAUUCAGUAGACAUGGCCACCCUGAGCAUUAAACCAGGCCUCCGCUGCACUGUGUCUGACUGGAUGAACACCAAUAAUGAGAUCUCAGUCACUGCUGAGCAAAGGAGACACCUAUCGCACGAGAUACGGCAGGAGGGCAGGGCUCUGUGCAAUGACACCACCAAUAAGACAAUAUGGGGUGAAUAUGACAACAAUCGUCGACUGAGUGACAGAAUCAGUGAGGUCAAACUAUGGAAGAAGAGCUUGGAAGCCUGUGCCGAGGAAGUGGAUACAGAAAUGGAUGCUCUCACACUAACAAAGGAAGCAGUAGAGCGUGCUCUAGCAGCCACAGUGUUGCCCCUAGAGGUCACUAAUGAGUGUUUGACCUUGAGGGAGGGUCGUCGGGGAAAUGAGCUGCUUAGUGACCCAGUGGAGGCAGAGCUAAAGAAGGAGGUGGAGGUGAUUGAUAAAGCACAAGAAGUCCUGCAGCAAUGUAUCGACCAAGCCUUUAGACACCUUUGUCUGCUUCAGGAAGCCCGGCAUCAACUGACUCUUGACCUCCAGCACAAAAUGCAGGCUUUGGAUGUAGACAUAUCAUGCCUGUCGCUCUCUGUGACGUCGUCUGAGAUCUCCCUGAAGCCCAAUCCCACUAGAGUACCUCCUGGUUCCACAACCCCUCAGCAGUGGGUGCAGUUUAGCCAGAACAAUAUAACCCAAGCCAAGGAGGAAAUGCAGGCUUCUCUGCAUCUGAGAGAGAACAUCAAUAUCACUAUAGCAGAGGUGCAAAAUGAAUUAGAGUCUCAGCGCAUAGCCACGCGAUUCGCCUUCCGGAAGCGCACUCAUCAGCUGGAGCAGGCUCACCAAGAACUCCAGUGGCAGAUAAAAACUGUAAACUGUCUUUAUCAGUGUCCAUCUCACCCUUGUCUUACUGAUAGUUUUAAUUCAAGUAGGUCUGGUUCUAUUUGUCCUGUCCGGCAGACUCAGGAUGAGAUUAAUGAGCUGAAAGAAGACAUCCUUAGACUGGAGAGGGACAUGCAAUCUAAGAUGGCUCCUCUAAAACUGGUGCACACUCGCUUGGAGUACAGAACCAGGAGGCCUGGUACGGACCUAUGCAGAGACGAGGUGCAGCAUGGGCUAGUGGAGGAGACCAGACAGCUUGCUUCUUCUAUUUUGGUUUUGAAACAGAAGUUGGCACAGGCUCAGGACUCAUUGCAGGCUUUGCAGCUACAUGAAGCUCGGAUGCUUGAGGAUCUUGUGCGUAAACAAGAAGCUCUAUCUCUCGAGCAACGGAGCAUGCAAACACGUCAGCGCCUGAACUCGGCUCAAAAGGAAUCGGAACCCUCAGCCGUGUCGCCUCUUACCAACUCCAGUGGCAUGCACAAGCUCCAGCUGAAAUACACAGACUCAGCUUGAGAGCGCCGUCCCCUGCCUCAUCAGAUAUUUGGUCAAUAGGAUCUUUACCCGACUGUGCCUUGUGUAGAGUGAAUUUAUCUGUUCAUUUUUCCUUUGAUUGCAGUUUGUGUGAUAGCUGUCAUGAUUUUUCCCCCACUGCUUUGUUUGAAAGGUUAUGCAGAAGAAUUAAGACAUCAAGUAUGCUAUGGGAAUGAGAAUAAGUUUUAUGUUACACAUACAAGGAAUUUGAUUUGGAGAGUGCACAUGUAAUAUCAAACUGACAACACUGGACAAUUUACAAAUUUUCUGUUAUUCCGCUUAUUCCACAGUAUAGUUUUCACAGUAUAGUACCACAGUAGUGUUUUCCAAUCCAGUCCAAUCUAGUCAAGUCCAUCCAAUUUUCCAAGCAGUGUUUAUACUGGAAAGUUCAUACUUGGUCAUGGUAGAGAUGUGCACUGGAUUAUUUUUUGAAUAAAUUGAAUUUUAUAUUUGAAUUGAAUAAUUGAAAUUAUUAUUUUUGUUUGUACCUGUUGUUUGUAUGAAUUCAUUUGGUUAUAUUUCGCAAAAUACAAACAUCCUAAUUUAAGCACCAUGACCAUGACCAGGCAGAUACUAAGGCUAAAUGAAUUAACCAAAUGCUGUGCACAGCAACUCACAUUCACAUUAAACAACAUUAGUAAGUUUUUCUUUAUUCCAUGAACUUCUUAUCUAAAGUAAAACCCGCUUUUUGUUCCAUUCCUAGUCCGUUAUUGCACAUCUCUAGACUCAACUAGAUGCAAUAGUGUGCCUCCUAUUCAUAUUGCAUUUGUAUCGGUUUAGAACACAUUAUCUGUUCCUUCUGAAUAAUGUAAAAGUAUUCGGGAUGUAUACCUCCCUAUUCCAGACUGAUGUUGCGUCAUUAGCAGCAAACUGACUUCUCAGCUUGUUAGAAUGAAAUAAAUGAAUCUCUUUUUCCAGCCUGUACUUGGUGUUCAGUCUGAACUUGGGCAUUUCCGUUGUUAUAUUAACCAAUAUUGAAAAUAAAAAAAUGU